UGUUUUGUACUCAACGUGUUCUCCUAUACCUAUUCUUUACGUAUUCACAUAAAGUUACGUUUACUUUUGCAUUUUCAAUUAAUUCUAACAAAUGAAAUAUGGUGGUUAGUAAACUAACCACCGUGACUGUUGUGAUCAUAUAGUCAUAAAGUAAUUACAUAGGUUUUUUUGUAUUUAUUUCAGUAUGUCGCGGCUCAAUGAUAGACAAAUCGCAGAAUACCUGUUGGAAGAGAUUCCUUCAGGUAUCGAGAGUAACUGCAGCGAUGAGGAUAAUGAAGAAGACCCACAAGAUCAUCCAAAUUCGCUGGUGUUAGGCGAUUUGAUUGGAGAAGUUCCAGUAACCGAUUUUGACAACUUUGAUCCCGAUGAUGACAUCCCUUUGUCUAGCUUAGUAUGCGAAAAUCCUGAUACUACAGAGUCCACCACCAUAAAUUCAGACAGACCGACUAUUAAAGCUCCGAAAUGGAAGAAAAAUUACAGAAUGGAUAUACCAGGUCCUGCAUCUAUUAAACGCCACAAGCCUACGGUCCCUCAGGAAAUUCGCCUUGAAUGCAGUCGCCAUCAACCUGAAAGAAGCACUUCGAGGAGAUGCUGCAAAUGUAGCACCAAAAUAUCUCCAGUUCGUACUGUAUGGCAAUGUAAUACAUGUAAGGUCCCACUUUGCUUGCGCAAAGGAAAAACAUGUUUUGCAGAUUUCCAUAAAAAGUAAUUUUUAAUUUUGCAUGUGGAAACUUUAUCAUUAUCCUUAAAAUUAAUAAAAAUCAUACUGGAUCUAUCAUUGUUUUGUUUGUACCAUCAGUCAUGGUGGUUAGUGCUACUGACCACCUCAUUCCUCAAAAGCCUUAAUACCUAGAUUUUUUUUUUCCUACUU